AUGAACGAACGGAAGCAUCAGCUUGGCGAAAUGCAAUUUGCGUUCUUCGAGGGGUCCGAAGUCAUUGUCUCUGUCACCACCGGCGGGCUGCAUGCUUUUAAGAAGCUUGACGAGCCUGAGAAAGCUGAAUGCCGUAAGCGAGCUACCCAGAAGAUCAAGUCAACGUGCAGCGGGACCAGCAAAGUUGGAAUCGUGACUGGCCAUCUCAGCUUCUGGGAUGAGGAAAGGUGUGACCGUCCCAUGAAGGCCUGUACUCAGGACGACUUGGAUACCUUCACUCAUAUUUUGUACCUCAACACCCCGUUGUAUAUAAUUACGAAGCUACGAGCAAACGAUACCGAGAGACUACGCCCAAGUGCGUUGGAGAGCCGCUUAAGAGGGUGGCAGCGAUAUGAGAUUAAAGAGCUCUCUUGUCUUUGCAUGAAAAACAACAUUAUAUUCGGUCAUCUUUGGCCCAACUUGAGGCAUAAGCUGUCGACUUUCAUUCGUGAUGCUAUCCGCGUCAUUAUUGUUGCUGGUGUGGUGCAAGACCAGGCUCUCAAAGGCGGCAGUUCAAUUCGAGCUGUCGCACGUUUUAUGGAACACUGGAAAAGGAACUACCGACACCGGCAAUCGUUUUUCAAUACGACUCAGUUGGACUGA